AUGUUGGGAAAUCGUGUCGGCACGUUACAGAGCACAUUUUUCGCGCAACUCCUUUGCAAGGCUAUCAGGGGAAAUAUGCACACUCUGGUCGUGGCGCAUAAUGACAACGUGCACAAUUUGGACGGAGCGACUGUGCGGCGGCACCAAGGGAAAUAUGCACGUUGGUUUUAUCCACAAAGAGUUGGGGUCGGGAAAGUGAAAUACACUUGGCUACACCGGAAGAAAUGGAUAGCAAAGAAAAUAAAGCACCUAGUCAACAAAUUUGGGUGUACAUUAACAGUUUUAUUUGUGUUCCGAAUACUGAAGAGAAUUGAGGAGACGUGCGUGUACCGAAGCAAUGUGUUAAGAUUCCUCUCGUACACCCUCCUGCUGGUGAUCGCCUGCUACAUGAUCACGGCGCUGCAGCAGGCCUUCAUGUGCUUCCAGUUCGAGUACUGUCAAGUGUCCAACUUCACGCACCGUCCGUACUGGGAGCACAAGCCGCUGGACGACGCCAUGGUGGAGAGCAGACUGAGCUUCGGUCUCUACUGGGCGAUAUCCAUGAUCACGUUUACUUGUCACAUGCCGAUCUGGGGCGCAGAUAACUUCAACAAUGUGAUAUACACGAUGUUGCUACUCGAAAUGUGUAUAGUGCUGCGAAUUUUCAUGGAGGCUGUCUAUUCUGCCACCAUCAUGGUCACCAGCGCACUACGAGAAGACUACGACGCUUGUAUCGAGAAUGUCAAGAAUUUCCUGAUCAGGAAACAAAUGGAUCCCGUAUUAAGACAGAGAUUCAUCACUUACCUCCAGCUCUGCUGGUAUACUGAUAAGGCCUAUUCGAUGACGAACAAGAAGAGUUCAAUAUUCUACGACCUGCCCGCGCACGUGUACCGCGACAUAGUGACGCGCCAGCGCAGCAAGUACAUCGAGCGGAUACCCUUCGUGCAGUUUAUCCACGGGGAAGAUCUAUGUGAUCUGUCAUCAAAGGCCAAACUCUUUUACACGUCUCCAAACGAGAUCCUACUGAACACCGGAGACAUUACAAAUGAAAUGUACGUCAUUAAGCAAGGGAUCUGUGAGGUGUAUUGUCCGAUCACGAAGCGCGUCGUCAAGGCGAUAGGACCGAAAAGUCAUUUUGGUGUGCUCACCUGCAUUUUACACUUGCCAGCGUUUUACACAGUGAAGGCGGUAACACACGUUCAAAUGUUUUCUGUGGCGAGAAAACAGCUGCUGCGGACACUGGAGAUGCCCAAAGUCAAAGAUGCUAUAGAAUAUGCCAUAAGAACGCCCGAAUACCAUCGCCUUCUCCGGCAUCGCGAACCCUUCCUAUCGUACUCACCGCCCGAUCCGAUCCCCAACAUGGAAAGGUUCCUCCUGCCGAGGAAGCACCUGCCGGACACGGCAUUCUUGCAGCCCUUCGAUAGGCUUGGCUUUUUAUCGGUACUAAGAUACAUAUUUCCUCGGUUCACGAUCCGGCCGGACGGUCGCUACCUGACGGUGUACGAGUGCGUCCGCGCCCUGUGCGCGCUCGCCUCCUCCAUGGUGUUCCCCAACUACACGUACCUGGUGCUGCAGUGGCCCAGUCUGUACCACGUGUCCGUCAUACUAGACGCGACUGCUUAUUUUGAUGUUCUUCAACGGAUGCUAGUGGGUUAUUUCAACGAGCACGGCGUCCUGGUCUACCACCCGGCCAGUACUGCGGCUCAUUAUUUGAAAGGAGCCUUCAUCGUGGACGUCAUUGCUUGUCUCCAACUCGAAAAUUUGGAGUCGAGCACCAAGGAGUCUUUCGGCGACAUGUACCGCGUGACGCACAUGACUCAGAUCUUGAUGCUCAAUCGUUUAAUUCAGUUGUACCGCAUCCCCAGCGCCAUGGUCCUGCUCAAGAAAUACAUCGAACGCAGAGAUAUUAUGAUCGUGUUGAAGGCCACGCCGAUAUUCUUGGCGACAUUAAACGUUCUCACGUGUCUGAUGGUUUUCUACUCUGUGGACGUUUACUACUCGUUGGGAGAGAAGGGCUGGCUGAUAGUGCCGACCCGGGACCGCGGCGGCUCUUGGCUGCAUCUAUUCGAGAAUGCAUUUCGUUACAAUAUGACUGCGACUCCUUGGAACAUACAUCUCUCCUGCUACUUCUGGGUCGUGUACGAGGCCACCAGCACCGGGUACAACUCAUUACAUCCAAGCAACUUGGAACUGAUGUGGGUGCUGUUCAUCGGGAUGGUGUUUUGUGCGAUGAUAACUACGUAUUUCUCCGUACGCAUUAUAAGCGUGCGAGCGAACGUGAACCAGGCGCUGGCCUCAUUCCAGGAGCACAUGAGGGACAUGGUCGUCUACAUGAGACGCGAGAAAUUGGAUCUGGCAUUAACGAAAGAAGUGUUGGACUAUUACGAAUACAAUUGGGAUAAGAUGAGGGGGAUCGAUUAUAUGAGUUUGCUGAAACUGUGCGAUCAGAUCACGCUACGCACCGAUGCCACUUUACACAUUUUUGGGCCCCCCUUUGCUAAGUGUCGGAUUCUGUCCCACUGCGACCUGUCCCUCCUGCGGAUCAUGGGGCGGGCAGUCCGCAGCGUGCACUUCCUGAGAGGCACGAGGAUCAUCGAGGCCAACGACGUGAUUGCCGAUAUGUACAUCCUGGACUACGGAGAUGUGGACAUGAUGGAAAUCAGAGGGUCCAUGAGUAAUGUCGUCAAUUUGCCGAAAGGAAGCGUAUUCGGUAAUCUCGAAGGCGCUCCGAACAUAAGAUGCCCAGUAACGUUUAUGUCAACGUCCAAAGCUCAUCUGCUGAUGAUUAACUCGAAAUUGUUCCAUCAAAUCAUUAAAGACUUUCCUGCCGUGGUUCAGCUAAUGAAAGAGUGUCGAUCGGAAGACACUAAGUGCUAUAUACUAGGCAACGUGGGUGACGCCUUCAAAAUCAGAAAGGAAAGGAGUAUGAGCUCUCCCAUUCUCUUUCGAAAGAGGAAAGGAUUAAUCAAAUAUUUGUAUUACAAAGACAAACUAGUGCAGAUAUAUUUGAUAGCAAUAUCGCUGAUAUGCGUCUACGGGGAUUUGUACAAUGCCGGUUUUCAAGACAACAGAACAUGGCUGAUUCUUAGUUUAUACGCAUUGGACAUGGGGUUCUACGUAAAGAUCCUGAUGCAAUACAUAUUGCCUCAAAUUGUUGUGGAAACGGACCAUUCUAAGAAUGUUUUGCUUCCGAUGCGCACGAAAUACUUCAAAGGCGAAUUCAAAUACGAUUUGAUAUCGUGCAUUCCGUUCGAGUUGUUCAGUUUACUGGCCACCGACAACCGGUGGUGCAUGUUCUCCUUGCUGCGAAUGAACAGGACGCUCAGGAUUGUAACAGUCUACAGAUGCCUGUUGAGGCUCAGAGAGCGGAUAACCAGCAACCUGAUCCUCAGCACCAUCAACUCGGUAUUCAUCUGGUUCACUCUGUUCGUGCACGCGACCACCUGCCUCUGGUACUUCAUAGCGGUCAUGGAGGACAGCCACGAGCCGGGGACCUCGUGGCUUCACGCCGAUAACGGCGAUAGUAUGUGCCACAAUAUGUACAUAUGUUCGUUGUAUUUCAUAUUGACAACGUUUACACAAAACGGCGUGGGAGAUAUUAUGCCCAAGAAGCAUUCGGAGGUCAUAUUCGUGUCCAUACUGCAAAUAGUAUCGACUAUGCUCUACAUGGUGUACGUUGGAGAGUUCUCAAACAUCAUUCAGUACCUAUCGUUUAGAUCCUUUACUUUCUAUUCCACUUAUCUUCAAUUACAAGAAUUUUUGCACAACAACCGCGUGUCCAAAAACUUGGUAGCGAUCGUGAACAAGUACUGCCUGCACUUGUGGCGGGAGUCCCGGGGCCUCCAGCAGCCGCACUUUCUGGAGACGGCGCCCCACGGACUGCGGCUCGAGAUCAUGUCGGCUGCCUACUUGAACCAUCUGACUAGGCACCAUGUAUUCGAAAACUGCGAGGCAGCUUUUCUAAGGCAACUUGUUGGAUGCUUUAAGCUUUACUCUUACAACGAAGACAUGUAUGUUGUGAAAGAGAGUGAGAUAACAGAUUCGAUGUAUUUCAUUCACACCGGCCGAGUUCAGGAGACUUCGGAAGCGAGAGACGGCUCUGCCAGAAUAUACACGGCCGGAACUUGUUUUGGAGUUUCGCAAGGACUCGUUCGAAACACCCCCUACAUGAAUUCAUAUCGUACUUUAACAAAAUCACAAGUUUUAACUCUGAAUUACAACCAUUGGGAGUAUCUCCUGAAACAUUUCCCUUCGAGCAUGGUCGCUAUAAAUAGACACACAAAAGGUUCAGAAGAUCAAGGCAAAGAUGAUCACGGUUUCUUUCCUAAAUUCAAACAGAGACCGUCAUUUGAGCGAACAGAGACAGGCACUUCUUUGCCCCCUCGUUUAGGUUCAGAACAAUCAUCAAGAUAUGCAGGACCACAUGAGGCGGAUAUUCCUACCGCAUCCGAAUCGAAUGAUACAGAAAAAUGGCCAAUGAACAGUAGAGGCACAUUAGAAGAAGAACCAGUAAAUCUUUUGUCUGAGGAACAAAAUGAAAUAGAACUAAAAGAGCUAUCGAUAGGCGAAUCUUUCGGCUCGGUAUCACGGUCCACUCGGGAUCCGAGACAACCUCAAUACGUGGAUCGAGUCGAGAGACGCUCAUCAGCUUUAAUAAACAAGGCUAGUUCAACAGCCAAAGAUUUAAUGGAAAAACAAGAUAAUGAAACUAUGGAACAAAGUGAUGUUGCUGAUGACAAAGACAUACUGCUCUUACAAGAAGACGAAGAAUCUACUUUGGCUUUGAUUAAAGUCACCGACGAAAACAAACCACCAGAAUCAAAGUUUGAGCCUGAUUCAGAAAUGAUUCAAAGAGAUUCGAAUAUUGAUGCGGCUGAAGAGCUCAUGCGAGCCAUAGAUAUAACCCAGUCACACGAUACACAACCUAAAGUCGAUCAAACAGAGCUAGAUAAGGAGAAAUCUGAUGAUAUAUUACCUUCUAAUUUGGAUUCGGAAAAUAAAUUCGAUAUUGCGACGUCUGUCGCAAAAUCAAGCAAACGUUUUGUUAAAGUGAGAUACGAAGAUGAAGAGAAAGAGGCACCUACGAGCACAACUAAAACAAUGUCUGAUGAAGAGCCGAGUACAAGCAAAGCAGAAGAACUGCUGACCAAAGAACGAAACUUGAGGACUUUGGACAGCGAUACCUAUCUAAAUCUGAUACCUGAUACAGAAGAAGUGGAAGAGGAAGAGAGCUCAGACAGCAGUAGUUCUACGUCCCUAAAACGAAGAUAUCCAAGACCUUCCAAUUUUUGA